CGCAUGCUCACUCGACCAACCGCUGUACAAGCAUACCCGCAGAAAUCCAACAUGGCAGCUACUCUUUCUCAACGAAUGACAAUGAAAACUUUUCCCGAUGCCCCGGAAUGGGUAUCUGCGGAGCAUUUGACUGGAACCACAGUGAUGGCUGUUGAGUUCAAUGGUGGGGUUGUCAUAGGUGCUGACUCACGAACGACCACGGGAUCAUACGUGGCAAACCGUGUAACAGACAAGCUCACACCUGUGACAGACAGGAUAUUCUGUUGCCGAUCUGGGUCAGCUGCCGAUACCCAAGCCAUUGCUGACAUUGUGAAAUACCAUCUUAACUUCCAUAGUAUUGAGAUGGAGGAGCCAGUUUUAGUCAAGACUGCUGCUAACCUCUUCCGUGAGAUGUGCUAUGGCUACAGAGAUCAGCUCUCUGCUGGGAUCAUCUGUGCUGGUUGGGAUAAACUCAAUGGUGGCCAGGUGUAUUCUAUCCCCCUGGGUGGAAUGUGUAUUCGUCAGCCAUUCACUAUUGGAGGCUCUGGCAGUACGUAUAUCUAUGGCCAUUGUGAUGCCACCUACAAGAGUGGGAUGAGCAAGGAAGAGUGCUUCAACUUUGUCAAAACUGCUGUCGCCCUUGCCAUGUCUCGGGAUGGGUCAUCUGGGGGGAUUAUCCGAAUGGCUGGGAUUGAUGAAACCGGCGUUGAGAGGCGUGUCAUUCUUGGAAACGAACUGCCAACAUUCUAUGAAGGGUAGACGCUUUGGUGCUUAUCUCAAGUAGUGUUGUUACACUUGAUGUGUUAACUAUAGUCGUCUAGGUAUUCUGUACAAUUAUGCUCCAUGUUGCUCUUUGGAUAUCACACACAACACUUGAAAAAGUGGUAGCCUUCAUUGUGUGUGGUAUAACGUUCCAUCUUUCACUGUGUGUGGUAAAACCUUUCUUGUACAGUAUAUGCAAACGGAAAAGGAAACUCACUAACGUAAAGGACGGAGGUAUUGCACGAUCUACCUCAUUUUCUUUUCGCUUCUUAUGUCACCCACGAUUGUCAAUAAAAAAAUAUUGAAAUUCAA